UAACACUGCACGCCCUAGUUCCUGGUUGAUGUUAGAACACGCUUUCGGCGACUCUUGGCUCACCGCGCAGCAUCAACUUUUGCAAGCAUGGAUUUAGUAGGUUCCUAGUUUGCUAAGGAGAGAUAAUUGUUAAAGGACACUUAAACACAACUCUACCGGUUGCAGAUUUUGUAUAGGGCACCACUCUGUAGUCUCCUCUGCAGGUUUGCUCACAGUAGGCUUGCCAGCUUACAAUCGCCAGCUAGCUAGCUAGCCAGCUAGCUACAUUGGAGUCCAAAAUGACUGACGGCUGCGCCGUGGUGAACUGUGAUUACCGCCAAGGGGAAUCAACCACUGCACUUUUUGGCUUCCCCUCGGAUCCAGAGCGCUGCAAGCAGUGGUUGAACAACUGUGGUCGCCAGGAUUUGGCAUCAGAACCCCCUGAGCAGUUGCAUAAGCUGUACAGACUAUGUGCAAAGCACUUUGACCCUUCUGUGAUCUCAAAUCCGAGUGCUUCCGGUUGUGUCUUAAGGGAAGAUGCGGUUCCUACAAUAUUUGACUUUGCAACGCCUGUGAAUAAACAGUCCACUUCUAACCGGAAACGGGCUGGAGAUAUACCUGAAGAAGGACCUACUUCUGUAAAGAAAACAAAAGAAAACACAGCAACACUAGAUGUGACCGAGGAGACAAAUGUGUCUGAAGAGACUAGUGCAAGACCUGAAAUGCAUGGAGAUAUACAAAUCCAAGAAGAUGUAGCCACCUCAAAAGCAAAAGAAACGCUAAAAGCAUAUUUUAAGGAAAUCCUGGCACUGACUGGAUUUAGCAUAAAUGGUGCAAAUAUCAAUACUGAUGAGCCUAUUGGAGGGGCCAGGGGUCAAGCUCUCAAUCAUGUCUGCAUAGAGAAAAUUGACAAGAAUGAAAUCCUGCAGUUCAGUGAAGACCUCAUGCGACAGGAGAUUCAAAAGAGCCUCCGACUGGCACGGUUCUUCUCAAUUCUGUUUCAGGAUGUGACAAGCAUAGAGGGAAAGGAUCAGAUCCCAGUUUUUAUUAGAUCUGUCACUGUAGCAGGAUUCCCACAAAAGCACCUUGUUGGGUUUUUGCCAUGUGAUGUCGAUGCAGAGAAUCUGUUUUACUUGCUUCUCUCAGAAUUGCGAAACAAGUGGGGGCUGAGGAUGGAACACUGCAGAGGACUGACUUACCUUGUAACGGGUAGUACUUGUCAGAAAAUGAGAGACCUUGCCAGCAGGAUUCUACAGGAGUUCCCACAAGUAGUUUUGUCACCAAGUGACCCAUAUGCCUUUAACAUAUGGAUUAUUCGGUGCAUGCCUGUGCCCUCCAUCCAGAAAGUUGUAGAUACUGUCGAGGAGGUGGCUUCUUUACUCAGGAGAACACCAGAACUGUCUAAAAGAUUGGAAGGAAAUAUCCAGCUAACAUGUGGGCAUCUAAAAGGAGAAGUAGAGCGAAUCAAAGCAGCAGUCAGUGGGAACUGGGAAUAUACCACUGAUGCCUUCCAGACCAUGUUGGAUAUUUUGGAGCCAUUCCUAAACUGCAUCAAUGAGAUGAUUUCAAAGGUUGAUGAAGAUACUGCUGAACAGAUGGCCAAGCUUAAGUCUGUUUUGAAGAAUUUCAAUUUCAUCAUAACACUUGUUGUUUUGAAAAACACACUCUGUUGUGUGAGCAUUCUCAACUCAAGUCUCAGGGGAGUAAUUAGCAUCAGCAGUACCUUGCAGUACACAAUUUCCAAUGCCUUAAAGCUGGUGAGCAAAUAUCAACAAGAGCUUGCAAUAUUUCACAGGAAAUGGUUUUCAGAUGCAGUUGGACGGGCCAAGAAGUUGGGGGUGGAGGUUUGUAAACCAGAGAUGGACCAAGGAAAUGCAACUGAGACACCAUUGGAGGACUUUUACAGAGAAAGCCUGAGCCGGCCUAUCUUGCUGUAUCUAGUGGCAGAGGUGAAAAGAGUGUUCAGCACAGAGAUGGUUAGGAUUCUUCGAUGGCUUUCAUUAGUGCCAUCUUACAUGGCUGACCACAAUUUCAGCAUUCGCAGGGAUAAAGUAGCAGAUGCCAACUUGAACAACCUUGCAAGGCCUGACACAUUUUAUGAAGAACUGGGCUGCUGGGAAGUGAAAUGGAGGCACGCAAGCAAGCGCAGAAUCCUGCCAACCACAGUGUUUGCUACACUCAAGAUUCCCGAUAUUGGGUUUUACCCAAAUGUGCAGAGCUUACUGAGGGUGUUGGGCACUGUUCCAUGUGUAAAUGCAGAGGCAGAUGUCUAUGGCCAAUACCACAUGGUCCUGGAGCGCUGCCAUGCCUACUUAACAGCCACACCUGUGGACAAAAGACAGUGUGGCAUGGCGUACAUCUUUGUGAACCAAGAUGUUCACUUUAGCGUUGAACAAAUGGUGGAGUCCUAUGUCCAAAAGCAUCCAGAUAUUCUGAAGUUACUGCAAAUGAAUGAUGACACAAAGGAAAAGCCUCCCCAAGCACCAACUCAGAAAAACCAUGCCGAAAAAGACACAGAGGAAGAGUUACAACUCCUAAACCUAGAAAUGGACGCUGACAGACUUGUGGAGAUGAAGUGUGCAGAGACAGACAGAGAAGCACUUAAAUCUGCUUUGCAGUCCGCAGUGAUAGCUGCAUACAGCAGUCAAAGCAGGCUGUGUGGUGAGACGUCUGCUGCCCAGGAUGCAGAGGUGGAGUAUGUGACCAAGUCUGAAAUGAAUGAAGUUCUCACGGUUUGCGAGACUGCUGUCAGGGAGGGAAUUCUCUUGGAAGUGGGGAGUUCCUUCUUUUCUUUGUUCAUUGACCGUGUUGUGAAACUGGGGGAGACGGACUACCUUCCUCUUUUUCUGAGGUUUGUGGAUAGUUUUGACGUAAUGCGACUGGAGUUGAUAGGAUUCCUCGAGGCAAAUCUUGAUUGUGAAUCUAUGGUUCAGCGUCUCCUGGAAAUAGUUACAGUUGAUUGGCAUCUUGAUUUCAAUAACUGUAGAGGUCAAGCAUACCUUGGUUCUGGUGACAUCUCUUACAAGCUGAAAGCCUUUGCCUGUAAAGUCCAGGAAAAAUACCCCCUUGCUAUAAGCACACACUGCUCUUCUUACUCUUUCAACACAUGGUGGUCAAAAUCCAUCCCAGUACCUGCUGUUAAAAGAGCGCUUGAUACAUUUGAAGAGGUUUUGAUGUUUUUUGGCAGCAGUGCUGCUUUAGAAAAACAGCUUGACCAUGUAAUAGCAUAUGGGCUUCGAGAGAGCUUUGAGAAAGUCCAGGAGAUACAAGGGAAGUUCUGUGCUCUUUGGCAAGAGAAGCAUGACUCCUAUGAGGUGUUUGUGCAGAUGAUAGAGCCUCUGGUUGAAUGUUUGGAGAAAGUCAAGAGCAACCCACAAAGAUGGAAAGCAUCCGUGUCAGAUCAGGCUGCAGUACUUCUCUGUAAGGUAAUGGAGUUCGAUUUCAUCAUUGCAAUGGUGGUUUUGAAGAACGCCUCAUCUUUUACCAGAGAGCUCAGUGCAGGUCUCCAGAAGGACCACUUCAGUGCUGCAUCUCAGCUAUGCCAGAUCAGUGGUAUUGUGGCCACUCUUAACAGAGUAAAAACAAAUAUGAAGGUAUUUCACCAGAACUGGUUUGAUGAGGCUUGUGCAAUAGCGCAGAGUCUAAGGGUGCAAGUUGAAGUGCCUGAAAGCGCUUUGCCAAGAGAUGGCAUGAUUAAGCCAGUUGGGUUUUACAAAGAUGGUUUAAGUGUUCCCCUAGUAGACAACCUCAUCAAUGCAGUGAAAGAUCAUUUUUCUGACGACCACAAAGAAGCUCUCAACUUUCUGUCUUUGGUGCCAUGCUCCGUCACAGUGAGUUACAUGUUUGAGAGCUUGAAGUCAAAGCCUCCUCUCUACAGCCGAGACCUUCCUGAUGCUGACAACUUCUUCACGGAGCUCUGCUGUUGGAGGGUAACCUGGAAAACCAAAGUGGCUUCUGUGACCAUCCCAAACUCUAUAUUUCACACAUUGCGACUGCCACUAAUGCAAUACUUUGGAAACAUCAAUGCACUGCUGAGAGUCAUAGCUGUGCUACCCAGCACAGUACUGGAGGACUGUGGUGUUGAAAUGCGCCACAAGAAGUUCCUAGAGUACCUAAGAAAUACAAAUCCUAAAGACCGGUCCCCAUGCUUGGCAAUGCUGCAGGUGGGCACAGACUUCAGCAGAGACCUGGACCGCAUGGUGAUCCAGUGUUUGAAGGUGACACCACAGACCUUGGAGGGUAUCUGUCUGGACCAUGAAUCCAAAAGUUUCAUCAGGCAGUCUGACAAUAAUAUGGAAGUUGAUUAUAUCAAGGAUGAAACAGAGGAGCCAAAAACUGAGCAACUACCCGAAAAGAUUGAAAACCAGGACAUGAAACAAGCAGAUGAAAAUGGGCAAUCAGGAGAUAAUCGCCAGACUUUGGCAACACUAUUCAGACUUGCGGCACUACUGGGAAAAAAGAACGGCAGUCUCUCUGACCUCCCAGAAGAUGUUGUAGAGCUUUAUAUUCAGGAGCUGAGCAUGUGCCACUGGUUUGGAAAUCAGAGCAAAUUCACACCUUGUUUGGGGGAUGAUGAAAUGGUGAAAACCCUCAUCAAUGGAAUCAGAGAUGUAAUACUCAAGGAAAUCAAGGACUCACCAUUCUUCUCACUUAUUACAGAUAAACCUGUUAAAGUUGCUAAUAAGACACACUUACCUGUUUUUGUCAGGUAUGUUGCAGAGUCUGCUCUUAAAGUGGACCUCAUGGGUUUCUUACCAUUUGAUGAAAAUUGUUACAUUAAUACACAAGCAGAAAACCUUGCAAGGAUUCUCACUGAAGACUGGGGCCUGCCAAUGUCUCAGUGUCGAGGGCAAGCAUUCAUGCACUUGGGCUCAGGUUAUCAAAGUCUGAAGAAAAUGUCUUUGGAUUUCCUCAACAUUUAUCCACUCGCAGUCAUAACACCUAGUGAGUCUUGUGGCCUUGCCCACUGGCUGACGGGGAGUGUGCCAUGCCAAUCUAUAUCUAAAAUGUUGGAUAUUACAGAAGACCUGCUGAUGUUUUUUGAGGAUUCUCCUGGUUUAGAGAGACAGUUGGCUCAGGCUGUUGAUGGGCUUCUAAAUAUGCCGAGGGAGGCCCUGGAGGAAAUCCCAGAAACGUGUUGCUCAAGGUGGAAAAAGAGAGAGGACUUCUUUGACAUACUUGCAGACACAUUGGAGGGCAUCCUCAGCUGCCUGGAUGUCGUUAGCACAAGUGUCACAGGUGCGAAGUCGGUGCAUGCACAGGUUCUCUCUGCUGCUUUAAGAAACAUGGAUUUCAUCGUCACCCUUGUAAUCUUGAAGAAUGCCUGUGCUCCUCUUCGUAAUUGUAGCACUGUCUUUCGCUGUGGAAACCCUGCUGAUAUUCUGUGUGAAGUGGAAAAAAUCCCCUCCAUCAUAGAGGCUCUUAACAAAAUGUUGGAAAAUGUAAGCACUGUGCACUCCUCUUGGUUCGAGCAGGCCUUCCAGUUAGCAAACAAGGUAGCACCUGAACAAGUGUGCUUCUCUGAGGAAGCCAACAGCUAUGAAUCCCCUGAGGUCUAUUACAGAGAACAUCUGAGUGUUCCUCUCCUCACAAGUCUCAUAGAUGAAAUGAAGUACAGCUUCUCAGACAACCACUUGAAGGCCCUGUCAGUCCUGUCACUGCUGCCCUCCUGCAAUCCACAGCCAGUUCUGUCUGAUUCCACAGACAAACCAUUCAGCCUCUACCUUGCGGAUCUUUCAGAGCCGGAAGCAGCUGAACAGGAAAUAAACACCUGGGCCACUGUCUGGAGAGAGAAAUAUCAGGAUAUUGCGCCUCCAACAUCCAUCGCUGAAACAUUGGCUCAUCCUGAGUCAAAUAACCAUCCAACUGUUACCUUACUGCUCAGGCUAAUAGCUGUCCUGCCAAGCGUAAGCAUGGAGUGUGAUUUGAUGAAGACAACGCUUAAUUCAAUGCGGGACUUGUUAAAAAGUACUCUAUGCAAAGGCAACCGAAUUGAUCAUGUGAUGCUUGGUUUUCACUGCAAAACCCUGCAGAGACUACCAGAGGCCAUUGAGAAGUGCAUGGAGUGGGCUCCAGAGAGUACUGCAUGUCUAUCCCAGGUGAAGAAAAUUUUGCAGACACUAAAGCUGAAUAAUGGAGGCGUCAAACAAACAGCACCAAAAGAAUCCAACGUGUCUAAUGGAGCACAGAAGUGUGGCGAUGAAGAGGUGAACUGUGGUAAUAAUGAAGCGAACCUGGAAGUUGCUCCAGGGCAGAGGAAAGCAGUGUCUUUUUAUGAGCCAGCACUACGUGAAGAGAUCCUCAAAGAGCUCUGGGACUCUCAGUUCUUUACAAUCAUAACUGAGCAUGCUGUUGAAAUUGACAGGGAGCUUUAUGUUCCGCUGUGCAUUAGGUACCUUAACAAAGAAGACAUUCAGUGUGAGGAAACAUUGGCUUUCAUUCCUUUAGGGGAGGACACUGUUGUCCUUGCAGAUGCUAUUGAGACCACUCUUUCUGAAAAGUGGGGCCUCAAUAUGGAGUACUGUCGAGGACAGGCUUUGCUGGGUGUUGGUGAAGUGGGGGCUCAGAUGAGGGCUGUAGGUUUAGCCAUUGCUAAGAAGUACCCUCAGGCUGUAAGAACAGUCAGCUCCGCCAUGUCUCUUAACGUGUGGCUUGCAAAAUCCUCUCCGUCUGCAGAAGCUGCAGAUGGAGCCAUUCUUAUUGGCAAAAUAUUACACUGGCUCACAGAGGAUGCAGAACGCCAGAGCAAACUGGAAGAGAUGAUCAUUCACAUGUUCCAGCACGAUGAAGGAAAGGCCAACGAGCUGAGGGACAAACUCAUCAAGAACUGGGAGAAGAGUCACGACAUGCACGAAGUGAUGGUGGACCUACUUGAAGCAGUCGUUCUCUGCCUCAAUGAGCUGACAACCGAGGGGGGAGUAUCAAACCAGCAGCACACGUUGCAGUUCCUUGACGCAGUUAGAAACUUUGAGUUCCUUCUGUCAACAGUGGUGCAAAAGAACGUCCUGAGUGUAACUAAGAAGCUAAGCCAGUCUCUUCUAGGAAAACCCCUAGAUAUGCUGCUUGCUGUGAAUAAUUUGCCCGAUCUCAAAGCAUCCCUUAGUAAACUCAGAAGUGACAUUGACACCUAUCACAAAGCAUGGUUUGAGGAGGCCGUGAUGUUGGCUUCAAAACUUAACGUCACAAUAGUGCAUUCAGUACUUCUAGAUCCGCUUAGUGAGUUUUACAAAGUAUCUUUAAGCAUGAAGGUUGUAGAGCACUCCAUAUCGGAAAUUGAUGACCUCUUCACAGAAAAGGUAUUGGAUACCUUGCGUUGUCUGGAGAUUGUGCCUUACGCAAUGUCCAAAGUAGAAACCAGCAUUCUCAGCAGUCUUGUGUUUCGCUUAUACAAGGAGGACUUGCCAGAUCAGGCCUCCCUUCACUCAGAGAUGAAGAUAUGGAAAGAGAAAUGGCUGGAUCCCCUGGCAGGCUAUCUCCCGACCACUGUGCUUGACACCCUGAAGACGUCGCAGAUAAGAAUUUUUACUAACAUUGAAACGCUUCUCAGACUCCAGGUCAUCUUGCCUUUUUCAAGGAGAGAAAGUAACUUCAGGCAGGGAAAACGGAGCUUACAGGAGUUCAUACAGCAGGAUAAGAGGUCCCUCGCUGAGCUCCACCUUCUGUAAGAGUUGCAGGUCUUCCAUUGCGGUUUGCAGACUUGCAAAGUAUUUCAGAUGUCACCAUCCCCACACUUAGGAACUAUUUUGUCUCUACUCUAAUUCAACUUGAUAUUUGACUGUACUGAUUUAAAUUCUAUCAUGUUCCUUUUUUGUUGUUCACCUGCAAAACAUGCCUGUGUUAUAUUUUGUUCUUUUAUGCUAUAGUUGUACAAACCAAUGGGACCAAUGUCUUGGCAAACGAAAAGCAAUGGUCAAUAAUGAUUCUCGAUGCUUGUGUGCCUUGAUGCAAAACUUGUAAUUCACACCAUCUACUAUGAUAAUAUACAGAAAACCUGUAAAUGUUCCAUUGGCAUUUGAAAUGACUCAUUUUAUCCUUACCUGAAAUGAGCAGUUUGAUUUCUGUAUCACCAUCAUGACUUGAAUUAUUAAACAACACCCUUACUUUUGCUGGGCACAAAUACAAAUGGUUAGCUCCUGGGUUAUGAUGGUUCCUGUCUCUUUGCAGGAAUUAAUUUGCUGUAAACGUAUCUUUGAAAGAAUGUUUCCCUAACAGGAAAACCUUCAUAUAUAUUUGUCAAAAAAGUAAUAAAAUUAUCCAAAAUAUG